CCUUUGUUCGUCCUAAAGCCUCAAAAUCCUCAUGGAGGUGACCGAAGAAGUUCAACUUCACACUACAGGUAACCAUAGAGACCAGAAUUCAAACAAAAUCCGAAAGCUAGAACGAUACACGCGGUGGAUUCGCAUUGGGUUCUAUGCCCUUUUUCUCGUGUGUGGCCAAUCGGCUGCAACUCUCUUGGGAAGACUCUAUUAUGACAAAAGAGGGAAUAGCAAAUGGAUGGCUACAUUGGUUCAAUCUGCCGGCUUCCCAAUUCUCCUUCCCCUCCUUUGUUUUUUCACCCAACCCACCAAAUCUUCCCCCAAACAGCCAAAUUUCCUCACAUUUGCCUUCAUUUGCUUUGCUUUUGGUGUUCUUUUGAUAGGAGACAAUUUGAUGUAUUCUUAUGGCCUUCUCUAUCUUCCUGUCUCUACUUACUCACUUCUUUGUGCAACCCAAUUGGCUUUCAAUGCACUUUUCAGCUUCUUCCUCAAUGCUCAAAAGCUCUCUCCUUAUAUACUCAACUCUCUCGUCCUUCUCACUGUCUCAGCUUCCCUUCUAGCUCUCAACUCCGAGUCCGAUCCCACGACUCAUUCGAGUAAAGGGAAGUACAUAAUCGGGUUCAUUUGCACACUCGGUGCAUCUGCGGCUUAUUCUUUGUAUCUUUGUCUUCUCCAGGUGUGUUUUGAGAAGGUUUUCAAGGGAGAAACAUUUGCCACGGUGUUGGAUAUGCAGAUAUAUCCUUCAUUCGUAGCAAGCUGCGGUUGUGUGGUCGGUCUUUUCGGAAGUGGUGAAUGGAGAGGUUUGGGAGAUGAGAUGAGGGGAUAUGGAGAAGGGAGAGUUUCUUAUGUGAUGACUUUGGUUUGGACUGCAGUGGCUUGGCAGGUCUCCUCCAUUGGUUUGUUGGGGUUGAUUUUUGAGGUGUCUUCGUUAUUCUCUAAUGUGAUUAGCACAUUGGCUUUGCCUGUUGUGCCAAUUCUAGCAGUGAUGUUUUUCCAUGACAAGAUGAAUGGGAUGAAGGCCAUGGCUUUGGUUUUGGCUCUUUGGGGAUUUGUUUCCUAUGUUUAUCAUAAUUAUCUUCAUGAGUCUAAAGCCAAGGCAACCUUACAGAGUGCUACUGAUAUCAAUGCAGUUUGAUAACAUGAUAAGUCUUAUGGUCAUGAACACGAGGGAGACGACGAACCACCUCCCUCCUUGAGGACGAACAAGAAGAAGAUGGCGACCAGAAAGAACAGAAACAUUUAUAAACUUUCUACAUGUAUGGUUAUUCCCUACAGAAUCAUGAG